CAUUUUUGAAAUGACUGAAGAAAAUAAGUAUGAUGGUCUAUUUAUGACAAUUAUGUAGUAAACAAAAGAUAUUAAUGUAUUCUUUGAUGCUGCAUUCGGAUUUUUGAGACGACACACAGACUUUUUCUUAGAUGAAAAAUCAGCAGAAAAAGUUAUCACAACAUCCUGUGCUAAAAACUUCCAAAUCUUUUAAUCAGAAAAAGUUGACAAGGACAAGAAGGAAGAAUAAAGAAAAUAAAGAGAAGAAUAAAGAAAAAAAGAAAAAGAGGCUGCCGAAAAAGCUAAGAAAGAAGCAGAAAGGCUAUAACAAGAAUAAUUGUUAUAAUAAUAACAAGAAAAAUUGGCUUAACAAAAAUAAUAAUAAUAGCAAUAACAAUAAUAAUAAUAAUAAGAGCCAUUAGAUCCAUCAGUACCAGUGUACUAACCAGUUUUGAAGGUGCCUGAAUAGAAGCCAUAAGAACCUGAAAAGAAGGAGGGAGAAGGUGAAGCUAAAGAUGGAGAGAAAAAGGAUGACAACGAAAAACCACCUGUAGGUAAUGGAGGAAGAACAGAGAGAUAUAUUUGGACCCAAACCCUUGAAGAAGUUUAGGUCUAUAUUCCUAUACCUUCGACAGUUACAAGCAAAUAACUAACUGUGAAAAUUGAGGCCUGCUCAUUAUAAGUCGGACUAAAGGGUUAACCUUUUAUUAUCAAUGGAUAACUGUUUGAAAAAAUUCAAUCAGACGAAUCAACUUGGUUAUUAACAGACGGAGAAAUUUAGGAUUACAAAGGAAAGUAUAUUCACAUUUCGAUUGCAAAAUACUCUGGCUAAAUGAAUUGGUGGUCAUGUGUUAUCAAAGGUGAUCUUUAAAUCAACACUCAGAAAAUUAGUCCAGAGCCAUCCUAAUUAUCUGAUUUGGAUGGAGACACAAGAGGAACUGUUGAAAAGAUGAUGUUUGAUAUGAGACAAAAACAAAUGGGCAAGCCUUCUAGUGAUGAGCUUUUAAAGUAGAAUAAAUUAUCUGAGUUUAUGAAAGCUCACCCAGAAAUGGAUUUUUCAAAGUGCAAAUUCAAUUGAGAUAUUAAUAACCAGAUCAAUAUUAAAUUAUGAAUCUCUAUAAGAAGGCAUUCAUUUCUUAUUAAUUAUAUUUUUUUCAC